AUGAAUUCGGAACUGAUUUUGCUGCUUGGUGAUGCUGAGAUAACAUCCGAGCAGGCGGAACGGCAGAAAUUAUUUAGUGGAUCCUUGUCGCCGGCACCGUUGAAAAGAAAAGCUAGCGAUGUUUCCGUUCGACAAAGUGAUGAUGAGAUUUUGCACAUGACCGCCGAAAAUGUGAAGACAAGCAUGACAUAUUUUGAGAAAUCGGUGACCGCCCGCUAUAUGGCCGAUGGCGAGGGUCCAGAAGGAGUGGCCGCCCUGCUAAAAGAGAGGACCCGCGACCUGGAGCUUGCCGCAAGAAUUGGACAAUCGUUGCUUGAUCAGAACAAAGAAUUGCAGAAUCGAAAUGAGUUCCUCGAAGAGAGCCUGGCGACCACGAAUGACACGGUAGUGCAGCUGAGGCACGAGCUCCAGAAACGAGUUGAUCUUCUCCGUGUCUACUCGAAUUUUGAGGAAAACGACUUAGACGCUAACAGAAGUUACGGCUCUGAAGAAUCCCUGCGAAAUCGAGUGGAGCGACUCACCGACGAAAAUGAGUACCUCAAAUCGGAGCGAUCCUCACUGCAACAUAGGAUUGAUCAGAGCGCUGACAAGGAGCGGAAAGUGAUUCGAGAUCUUAAUCGGCAACUGGAAAACGCAAACGAUAAGUUGAACAAGCUGCAGCUGCAAAUUCUCGGAAAGACUGAUGAGUGCACGGAUUUGGAGAAGAAAGUUAAGCGACUCCUCAACGAGAUCACUUACCGAACCCAGAACGAGAAAGAGUUGAUCGAUGAGAAUGUGGAUCUGAAGAAAUCGUUGGAAGAGGCUUGUCUCUCGCAGGAUCUUCUCGCGUCACAGCUCGGUGAUCUCCAAGAAAGCUAUGCUGAGGUACGAUUGCAGUUCAGCGAAACCGAGGAGGAACUCCGCGCACUUCGAGCACUUCAGAACAGGUCUAUUUCCCGAGACUCGUUGCUUUACGAUUCAUUGGCCAGCGAGCUUGAGAAUUCGGAUUCUGGCUUUUCAAGACUUCUCGAAGGGACGGAACCUUGUGGAUUCAAUCACCGCUACAGCUUGGCGCCGUUACAGCUUGGCGCCGACCACACUCGCUACGUCGAAUCCACCUCCGAUUUGGGAACAAUGGAAACAGCGAGAAGAAGCCGCUCCGAGGAAAUUCUUUCGAAUCGUUGGGGCACUCCAUUCAUCUCUGCCCGCUCCGAUGCUGAAAGCUUGAGGCGAGAACUCGAACGAUUGCAGAGACCGACUCUUACGGGGGAUGACGAGGUGAUCGAUGUGCCGAACAGAGUGAUUGCCGAGGUAGCGAUGCAUCGAGUGACUAUUAACGAUCUUCCUCCGGCAACUCCACCACAAACACCAAUGUCUCAGAAAGCACCAUCCGAGCACUCAACCCCAACACAUGGCCUCCUACAGAAUGGUGGCCUCGAUUCUUCGAAAGGUAAAGAAGUAAACGGUCCGAUCAAUGAAGCGGAUGGAUCUCCGGGCGCCCCCAUUGCCCAAUCAACUCCUUUUGUGGAAAGCGACUCGAAAUCACGGCAUGGUUCUGAGCAGCUACAGAACUUGAGACGAACCAUUGUGACAACAUCAUGCAUUGAGACGCAAACAGAACCCACCGAACAUUUCGAAGUCGUUCAAAUUACUGCCAAAUUGGAGAAUGUGGCGGACGCAUCUGCUUGCACAUCAUGUGGUCAUGCUGUGGCUGCGCAGGGACAAUCGAAAGCACUCACCAUUCCCGAAGCUUGUCCUCUUCCUCCACCACUUCCAAUGGCUCAUACGACUGGGAUAAUCGCCGAAUGUUCGACGUCUUUGGAACAAAGCGCAGAACCUUCUUCUCUAAAUGGAACUGCCGCUCAACGACCUCGUUCGCUACGUUUCCUUCAACUGAAGACUGAUACGUCAUCCGUGAUUUUGCCCAUAUCUGCCCCCGGCACUAGCAAAGAUACCGUGGAAUCUAUUGGCGGAGUCAGCAAGUCAUCGUCUACCGACUCAUUGGCCGACUACGUUGGACCAAAGAUGGGCGAGCCAGGAAUGCCAGGAUCGCGAGAUCUCGACCAUGCCAUUCGACAACUCCGAAUUCGUCGACAGAUGGAGGCUGAGUUUGCUCGUUUCCGGGAACGUCACGGUCUGCAACAACAAGCGCUCUUCAACAAGAAAGACAAUAAUGAGAAGCGCCAACCGCUUGCCGAGUCAAAGGUGCAAAUGGUGCCGGCGAUCAAGGAGUUGCCGACUUGGAACAACUAUGCGGUCGUGCUUGGGCAAGAACAUCAACGAGCCGUGCUUCCGUGGAGAGCGGUGAAUUCGGUUGGCCUGUCAGCAAUUCAAGAUCGUCGCGGGCAUGGAGUGCUUUCUAGAAUCGAGCUUCCGUCAACUCCCAACUCUUCCCCGGUACACGCUGCGGUGUCGAUGCCUCGAGGAGGGCUCGCUUCGAUUCUUCCUUCAUUCUCCUCUCUGUCGGCCACAUCAGCCACCAGUUCGACGACUUUUGCCUCAUUUGAUGUGGCCAAUUUGGGAUCCGGCAUCCUCUCUAGAAGAUUU